AUGGGUGAGGCGGGGUCUGAGGGGAAAAUGGGCGAGGCGCAGUUUGAGGGGGAAGUGGGUGGAGCAGGGCCUGAGGGGGAAAUGGGUGAGGAGCAGUUUGAGGGGGAAAUGGGCGAGGAGCGGUUUGAGGGGGAAAUGGAUGGGGAGUUGAUACCCUCUUAUAAAGAUAAGCAUUCACCGAACCUAUGGCAAAGGCAAAGGCAGUUCCAACUAGCCAACACUAAGCAGCAUCCCCUCUUGCCCAUUUCAGAACGUAGGCGCUCUCGUUCUGCAUCAAGGGAGAGGGAGAGGAGGCGACGAGAGCGUUCAAGGUCCCGGGAGAGGGACAGGAGGAGGAGUCGUUCCCGUUCCCCCCACAGGAGGCGGUCCAGGUCUCCAAGACGGCACAGAUCCAGCUCUUCUUCCCCAACCCGGCAGAAGGAAAGACGAGAGGAUGAAAAGAAAGACAGCAAAGACACCAAAAGCAAAGAACGUCAGAUCACUGAAGAGGAUAUGGAAGGUAAAACAGAGGAGGAAAUUGAGAUGAUGAAAACAAUGGGAUUUGCAACCUUUGACACAACAAAAGGGAAGAAAGUGGAUGGCUCUGUAAAUGCCUACGCUAUAAAUGUGUCACAGAAGAGAAAGUACAGGCAGUACAUGAACAGAAAAGGUGGAUUCAACAGACCUUUGGAUUUUAUUGCCUGAUGUCUAGUCUUGUUACCUGUGAAGAAUGACCUCUGGAGCACGAAUGGUUAACAUUUCCUUGUCCUGCUGUGACUUGUGUGUGCUGGUAUCUUAGCUUCUCACCGUAAACCAAAAUCACCUUAUUUAUGAGAGCUCAGAAACGCUUGCUGCCUCCUAGGAAGAGAGAGGAUAAAAAUGAGCUUUCUGGAAAUAUGGGGGUUUGAAUGUGUUCAGGCCUCUUUUGUUCCCUGUCAGGACUUUCCUGUUAGAUGUAUUAUUUUUCAUUUCUUCUGAGUUUUAAAAAAUAACUAAAUAUUGUCCGUUACAAUAAAAACCAGUAUAUAUUUACUCCCACCACAUAGUUAAAAUAUGCUGGCGUUGCUCAGGAAUAAAGCGCCAGAAAAGAGGCUGCUGUUGCUGUGUCUGGGCAAUUAUUUGCCUGUCAGAGGAAUAAAUCACUCUGAGGAUAAAUAUGGUUUAGGGUUUAAAACAGAAACAGGAUAAUUUUGAAUGUGUGUUCAUAGACAGCAUAGCUCCCUGAGACGUUCUUACAUUGUGCCUGGUUGUUGACAGAGAAUUUUUUUUUCUAAUUUAAGAUCUGCCUCCCCAACCUUACUUUUCUCGUAACCCUUCCCUUACUAGUUAAUAAUCAAUGUGGUCAUGAAGUUACCAAGCAGGAUAGCAUAGCAUAGUGUCACAAGAUUGCAGAGAGUUUAUCAGCUGUUUGGCUUGGAAAAAUUUAACAUGUUUUUGAAUAAUCCUUGGUUUUCAUAUUUAUGUUUACAGAUUUCUUAACAUAAAAUUUUUCUUCAGGCUGAUUCUUUUCUGAACAAAGUUUGGGGGUAAAUUUGGGUUAUAUUGAAGACCCAGAGGCAAAACAUUUAAUGUGCUCAGCCUUCAUUAUUUACUAUGCAUCUAGAUUAUUUUUAUAAACAACCUCUUUCAAA